CGAAUUUUCACAUCCACCCCCAAACAUACCAACUCCAUCUCCCAUUUCCGCAUUUGCAUUGCCCACAUCACACGAUGAAGGGGAUCCACAUGCUACCUGCCCUUGCGCUUGCCACCGCCACGUCGGCAGCCAGCGACAACGAAGUCGCGUGGCGCUUCUACUCGGCCCAAGACUACCCCCUCUCCGAAUGGUACUCGAACUUGUUUGCUGACGUCAAACGCGACAACAUGAACGAGUGGUGGCUGUUCAACAAAGACACCAAGCAACUGCGGUCCAACAGCAACCAGCGCGAGUGCCUCGACGCGUACCCCAAGGACGGCAAGUACUUUGUUCACACGUGGGUGUGCGACGCCAACAACGCCAACCAGUGGUGGAACGUCGACAUGGCAAACCACCGCAUCCAACACGCUGUGCAUCCGAACUUGUGUCUGGACGCCGACCCGACGGCGCCGCAGCACCAGGCGCAAGUGUGGGAGUGCCACUCGCACGACAUCAACAAGAACCAGUACUGGUCCGUGGUCCAGGAGAUCGGGCACUUCCAGCGCAAGAACCUGCUCUUGACGACGAGCAAGACGGAACGCAACGACACGGCCGGUGCCAUUUCGUUCGCGCCAGUGCUACCCAAGGACCCUGCCGAGGACCCGACCGACCCGAAGGCGCCGCUGCCGUCUGCGUGGCGCCAGGAAUGGGAUUACAACCGCGACUUUCACCAAGUGCGGUCCGUGAUCGACUACAACUGCUUGGACGCGUACGAACCGUGGAACGGCGGCCGCGUGCACACGUGGCGCUGCGGCGACACCAACGCCAACCAGAAGUGGCAGUACGACGUGUAUACGAAGCAGCUUCGUCACAUGACCCACAAGGGGUACUGCCUCGAUAUCAACAACGAGAGCGGCGCGAGUCCGCACCUUUGGCAGUGCCAUCCGCCGACGCACAACUAUUUCUCGUACCAAGAGUUUGAUUUGUUCCAGACCGUGUCCUCUUUCAACAAUUAAGUCGUAACAUUGCAUUCGUUUUUAUAUUGGA